CCUUAUCCUCUCUCUUAUUAGAUCUGAACAAGAAAUGGAGAAAUCCGGGUACGGCAGAGACGGCAUUUACCGAUCACUCCGUCCUCCCCUCGUCCUCCCCAAAGACCCCAACACCUCCUUAGUCUCUUUCCUCUUCCGCAACUCCUCCUCCUCUUACCCUUCGAAACCAGCCAUCAUCGACUCCGACUCCGGCGACUCCUUAUCCUUCUCCGACCUCAAAUCCUCCGUCGCUAGACUCGCGCACGGGUUUCUCCGUCUGGGCAUCCGCCAAAACGACGUCGUUUUAAUCUUCGCCCCGAACUCGUACCAGUUCCCUCUCUGCUUCCUCGCCGUCUCCGCCAUCGGCGCCGUUUUCACCACCGCGAAUCCUCUCUACACCACCAACGAGGUCUCAAAGCAGAUCAAGGACUCGAACCCGAAGCUCAUCAUCUCCGUCGAGCAGCUCUUCGAUAAAGUCAAGGACUUUAACCUCCCCGUGGUUCUCCUCGGAACAUGUAACGAGAGUCUUGAUUCAAACUCAAAGAUCCUCACUUUCAAGAACGUGAUGGAGCUCUCCGACCAAGUUUCAGAUCUCCCCGUCGCCGCGAUCAAGCAAACGGACACAGCUGCACUCUUGUAUUCGUCGGGGACCACGGGGAUAAGCAAAGGCGUCGAGUUGACUCACGGGAACUUCAUUGCGGCGUCUCUGAUGGUGACGAUGGAUCAGGAUCUUAUGGGAGAGUACCACGGCGUGUUCUUGUGUUUUCUUCCCCUGUUUCAUGUGUUUGGUCUCGCUGUGAUUGCUUACUCGCAGCUUCAGAGAGGGAACGCUUUGGUCUCUAUGGCGAGGUUCGAGCUUGAGUUGCUUCUUAAGAAUAUUGAGAGGUAUAGAGUCACUCAGCUUUGGGUUGUUCCUCCUGUGUUUCUUGCUCUUGCUAAGCAGAGUGUUGUGAAAAAGUAUGAUCUUUCUUCGCUUAAGUAUAUUGGAUCGGGAGCUGCUCCUCUUGGGAAAGAUUUGAUGGAAGAGUGUGGAAAAAACAUCCCUAGUGUUGUCCUCAUGCAGGGCUAUGGAAUGACGGAAACGUGUGGGAUAGUCUCUGUGGAGGACCCGAGGCUCGGGAAAAGGAACUCUGGUUCAGCUGGAAUGCUUGCUCCUGGUAUUGAAGCUCAGAUAGUGAGUGUAGAAUCUGGAAAGCCUCAACCUCCUAAUCAACAAGGGGAGAUAUGGGUUCGAGGCCCUAACAUGAUGAAAGGUUAUUUCAAUAACCCUCAGGCAACUAAAGAAACAAUAGAUAGGAAAGGUUGGGUACAUACAGGAGAUCUUGGUUACUUCAAUGAAGAUGGUAACCUUUUCGUUGUUGAUAGACUCAAAGAGCUUAUCAAAUACAAAGGCUUCCAGGUUGCUCCAGCUGAACUAGAAGGUCUACUUGUAUCUCAUCCUGAGAUACUCGAUGCUGUCGUUAUCCCGUUACCUGAUGAAGAGGCAGGUGAAGUUCCAAUAGCAUUUGUUGUACGGUCACCAAAUAGCUCAAUAACAGAGGAAGAUAUUCAAAAGUUCAUAGCCAAACAGGUUGCUCCUUACAAAAGAUUAAGGAGAGUGAGCUUCAUUAGCACCGUCCCAAAAUCUGCUGCUGGUAAAAUCUUGAGAAGGGAACUUGUUCAGCAAGUAAGAUCCAAGAUGUGAAGCAUUAUUUACCAAGGAGGCGGAGAUAGAGAUCAGAAUCAUCUCUGUGUCGUCUUGUUCUUUUCACGUUUUUAUGUACUAUUUCAAAUUAAACAGUAGCCCAACUGCACAAAUUGAACAAAAAUAGUCGAAGAAAAAACGUCAUAUACAUGCACAAUGUUCUUUCUUUCUACUUUUAGCACUAAACAAGCACAUGUUUCUUCACAAUAAACUCUCUUUAUUAUCA